GUUGGUUUAUCACAUUAGUCUAACAUUAAAAACGGCCUCAAAACCGAUUAAUGGCAGCACUAAAGGUCCCCGGUUCAAGCCCGGGCCAGAUCACUAGUUGUUGGGAUUUCUUUUUGUUUGUUUUUACCUCUGCCGGGUGGCCCUUCUCUCCUGCGCCCUUUCCGGGGUCGUAGCAACUACCAGACAGGUGAAUCUGCCAUUUCAGGUUUGUUCCAGUCUGUUUUGGUUUGCUGGAAACGCUGAGGGAGUGCGUUGUGUGGUCUUCCCUGAGGUUAGAUUUUGAUAUGCCUCUGUUCGCUGGUGUACCGCUUCAACUUAUCACUAUCAGGCUCACCCUGGGUCUUUUAGAUGUGCCUGACAGAAGUAAAUGUCCAGCGAGACCCAUGCGAUGCGCCUAUAUGUGGUCCAGACCCGGCACACAUUGGCCUUACCCAUAUCCCUCCUCAGUUUUCAUUUCACUCCCGCUCACAAAAUAUCUAGUGACCAAGAAGAUGUCGACAAGCGAAGCAUAACAUCUUACAUUCCGGCGUUUUCUUUUCCUUUCAUCAGGUCGGGGAAGACCGGGGGUGGGCGGAAUUCAGGCCGCCCAUACUAGAUGGUGGUCAGCAUGGAUUCGCCCGGUUUGUAAGAGACCCCAAUGAGUGAGCUGGAUUUAGGGUGAUACAGCAGAUUACAGUAACACAGACAUCCAAUAUAAAUGGCUACGGAAAGUUCAUCGAGAUUCAUCAAGUCUCUUCCAUUUCUCCGCAUUACAACCCAGCAGCCCCUUCAAAGACACUGGCAGUUCUGAGGGUUUUCUCCUGUUCCCACCUCGAUAAUCCCUCGUUUCAGCCGCAUACUGUAAGGGAGGUUCUUAUGUGCAUUCUAAAAUUUGUGGGGAAGAGUCUCAGCUUAUCUUGUUCAUCUAGUCGUAUACCAGUGACAGACUGGUCAUCUGUCAAUUCUGGCCCAGAACUUCCCAGACAGAAUAUGCCUCUUGAUCGUCUGGUGUUCAUCUCAUAUUGACUUGAUCUAAGAUAUCCAGGCGCAGGUGAUAGCCACGAACGAAUUUGUUCAUCUGAUUCGUGCAGUCCAGUUACAAUGUCAGGACCAUACGAUACCUCAUUCAAUGCGAAUUGGUAUUGCUGUGCAUGCGAAGCAAGAACAAGAAAUUUCAUGCUUAAUCCCAAUGGCUCCAGCAGCACUACAUGCGAGAAUUCAGGCUGCUGGCAUAUCAGAUGUGGUAACUGUAGCACUGGCGGCGGCGACGGUGGGGGCCUGGGUUACCCUCGCAGCCAUAGUGACCAUGGUAACAAAUCACCCCGAAGUCCAGCUAAAGAGCAUCAUCAUCCAACUUCGUCAUCAAGAGCCAGUACUUUCAACACCACACAUAACCCCAGACAGCUACAGGAUAGCACUACAAUGCGCGAUUCUCCCCCACCGCCCAAAACGUUAAGCAAAGAUGGGCAGGAGAUUACGGGCGGUGCUUACUCCGUACUGAUUCAGACGGGCUUAUCAAAGUCUUCUGGAUCUUCAGCGGUUUCUGAGCGCCAAGUGUCGUCGCCGAGCUACAAUACCGGAGGGGGGACAGAGGUACACACCACGGCCACAACAGCGAGCAAUGCGGCAAAAAAUGCCGGUAUCAACCAAACAUUCAAAGACGACGAAAGCGUGUCGGUCGCAAGCAGUAUAGAUCAAUUUUAUUCCGGGGUUGCGACGGUGCUUGGGAACAACCUGGCGCAAGACUUAGAAGAAGUUGAUCUUGCGAAUUUCGAAAGCAGGCUUGUACCGAGGCUAGAGGAGUUCUCGCUGCGGUUCGGAAACGAGAACGAAAGUGCGUCUCACCUGCGCAUGAUGUCGAUAAUCUACCGGAAUUCCAGAAAAUCGCCUCUCAAAUCUGCUAUGGCACAUAUGAAGAAGUGGGUGAAGGCUCGAUUUCCAUCAGUGAUGGAUCCAGCUUAGAAGACUCGAGUGCCACCAAAGCUGGAUCCCGCAUGGACGUCGCAACGCAGAAGGCUGCGAUCGCCAGAUGGCGCAACGAUGUUGAGGUCUCCACAGACACAACAUACGAUGAGACUCUCAAUACUGUCGUUCAAACCGCCGAAGCUGAAUACAACGAGGAAGUAAUCACUUCAGGCCACGAGACGCUACUGGGGUCCGAAGCAUACCAAUGGCUGGUUUCCGUUUUGAAACGGGAUUCGCGCUUGAAUGGCAUUGAACCGCACUGCAUGUCAAGGUGUCGUGAGGUUAUGAGUCAGCUGCUACAGAAGCUCACGGAUCGGUGGUGUCAGAGGCCGGAAUAUCGCAGAUUGAUAACAUCAAAAAGACAGCCGCCUCUUUACAGAGCUAGAUUCACCCUUCCGUGGGACCCUUUAUCGUUCUUGAGGGAAGAGUAUGAAGGGGAAUCUCCAGGAGAUGUUGUGUCUCAGGUCAUCACACUUACUGGAGAUGGGCUGUCGGUGCAGGCGCAAACUUGCCGAGGCUACCUCGAGCAGGUAUGGUCAACAACUGGUUCGGAUUUCAUGGACUUGAUAGUGGACUUGGUAACGCGCCCCGAACACAGCUGCGAACGUGUGCUCCCAGAUCGAACCGAACUUUCAGCUACACUACACGGCAAGACCUGUGUCAUUGAGGCACUUGGUACGCAAAGUAGUCUCAGCGAUGUGGCCGAACAGAUUUUGUGGAUCUCAACAACGCUAAGGGUUUCUUCGGACACCGCCACAGGUGUAACACUGUGCUCAGCUCAUCUUAUCCCGACAGAAAUUCAAGUUAUGGACGAUGAGGUCGGGAGUUCCGACCAGGGAUACAACCAACGGUGCCUGGGCAAGGUCAAAUACCAGGUCGAAUACACCACAGACACUCUCCCAAAUGCAGAUAGGCUACCUCAGGGGUACUGCUGGAUGCAGUUAUUCCCGUCGUGUUCAGUGCAAGUGACAAAUGGAUAUCCGAUUCCGUCGCGGAAACACCAACGGCCAGGUCUGGAAUUACCCCUGGACAUCAUGGUAUUCAUGAUAGGUGCCGACCGAGUCACUCAAUUCAGUCAUGACUUGAUUAUCAAGGGGUACUCUGAUCUUUUUUACGCGACUGAGCAGAAGGAUGGGUGCAUAAUGUGGCACCUGAUAUGUAACGAACCCGACCCAGUGUUAGGGGCGUCACAGAUCUCAUUCGCAGAUGUGCGGGUCCCUCAAGCUACAGACAGGACACUCUCACUUUUACCCAUUGACGAUGUGCCGUGCAUGCGUCACAUAAUUGGCUGGACAUCUGAAGUCAGGUCCAAUGCAGCGCCCCUGGUGCUCAAUACAGCUCAAUUACCUCAUCCAAACUCGGCCGCCCACCACAGGGCUGGGCGCUCGAUAAACUUCAGCUCACCGCAGGGAAGAUUGCGACGCUAUCCGGCAGCCUUAUGCGCAGCAAAAGACAGAAACAGAUCGUUACUGUGGAUGAGAACUACCUUCGUAGGCUUAGGGAUAUCGGGCGAGUUAGAUUCCUUCUUUAUGACGUGGAUACCGAAGUGCGUAAAGUCUGGAUGGUCAACGGCCUCAGCGUUCUUCUGCAUCUGGUCAGGAGCCAUUUGGUCGAUGCAGAAAACGAUAAAAUAUCUGGAAAGGCUAUGA